GAUCAUCAGUCAUCAAAGCUUGGUAAAUAUUGGUCACAGACAAGGAGGUUUACUUCAAGUUAACCAAACUAAAUUUUAUCAAGCUGAUUACUCUAUAAAAACUCCCACAUCAAGAUCCCAGAUCUUGUUUUUAGGCCAUUUCAAGUCUUAUUUUGACAUAACAAAUUGGUUAUAUCUAAGUGUGGGAGUUGUUUACUUACUUUUUAAAUUAGUCUUCCCUUUAAUGCCAUUAUAUUGUUCAUUCAGACUGAUUCACGAACGGAAAGCACAUUAACACAAGAGGCGGGAUUUAUUGCAUGUACCAAUCACAACAAACAUAACCAGUAAUAUCCAAUCAUAUCGCGAUGGAGUCAUUCCCUCCUCUCACAUGACUUUCCUCCUUUCUCAAUUACCACCUAGUAACCGUAUGCUUUAGGAGGUCUGUUAAAACUCAGUGGGCUUAGGGGAGGUGAGAGAGACAUGGACUCCCGCUGUAACUUUACCUGCUGAUGUCACUGUUGGACAGUGCUCCAUUAGAAAUAUUGUGACUCAUUCUUUUUAAUUUUAUAUUUUGUAAUAUUGCCAUUGUUUUAUUUUUUAUCAUCCAAUAUUUAGAGGAGAAGAUGUCUCCUUGCCUCCUCGGAGGAAACGCCCCUGGUACAUCAUGUUUACACAUUGCUUGUUAUAAUCAAAUGAUUUGUGAGUGUCUAGAAAGAGUCUGUGAGACAUGAUAAACAUGAACUUCAGUGUUUUGAGCAGUAUUGAGAAGUGUAGGGCUGGACGGUAUGAUGAUGGUAUAUAUUGUUAACUCAUUAUAAAUUGUCAUCUGUAACAGAUUUUCGAUUAUCCAGGAGUGUAACGUGGUAAUGGGCUGCCAAGAUGGCGACGGCCUGCUCCGUCCACUUUAGGUUUCAAAAAUGCUCUUCAAAAACCUAUGGGUGACAUCAUGGACAAUGUGACCAUUUUUUUCCCUUUUUUUGGUCUAUACUGCAGACGCAGUGAGCGGUGAAUAUGAGUCACCGGGCAUGUCGAGCAUGUCAGUCACUCUUCACCGGGCUGGAGUCAAAUAAUGUCACUGUUAUAGGGUGUAUAUAAUUUAAAUUACUUUGUGGGAAUUAACAGUAGCUGAUGUUCAGUUUGCAUUCUAGUUUGCAUACUGCUCUCCUUCUAGUCAACACUGAACUCUUUACUCUUAAAGCUUUACAAAAAAAGUAAAACAUGCAGUAUAAUAAGCAGACAUGGCAAAACUGCACUCGGGCACAAAUUAACAAUAUAAAAUAUUAAUAAUAUCUUACAAAAUGAAAAGGAAUUACUGGUAAUUGUAAUUUAUAAUGAAUUAAUCAUUUUUGUUAAUUAUAAUUUAGAUAUCAUAAACUGUUUGAAGUAAAACACAUUUAAAAAUAAUUUAGAAACACCUUAUUUAAAGUUUAAUUGCACCUGCAAGUUGCAUUCAAUACUAGCCAGUUGGGGGCAGUUAUGCUGGGUACACACCAAAAGAUAAUUGGGCUGAUUUUGGGCCGAUUUCCCCCUUUCUGACAAUCCUAGCUAUGUCCCGAUUAUCUUGAUGGUUCUACAGAUGAUCUUAUCAGAUUUUCUCUUGGUGUGAGGUGUGUUAAGAGUGUCCGAACCUGAUCAGAAGAACAUUGGAGCCGGCCUGAUCGCGAAACGUAAAUAUUCAACAUGUUUAAUAUUUACGAUCAGAAAUCCUGAUGUUUGGGGGAACCCUGAGAAUAAACGCACACAUGCUUUGGAGAUUAUCACGUGAACAAAACAAUAUCCAAUCAGAAAGCGAGACGAUUGAAGACAGAAGCAGUUAUGGCGCAGCACAAAUUGAAAUUGAUGUGGACAGCAGAGAUGGAGAAUUAGCUUGUUGAUUUGUGGCAACAGCACGAAUUUUUAUACAACGUGUUGUGUAUUUUCUGUGAAAAUCAUUGCAAUUUCUUCCUGCAUAUCGUCUGCCGUGCUUAUUAUGAAGUAUCACGAGAUUUUGCUAGAUUUCCUUUGUUCACAGUUGAGACUUUGGUUGAAAAUCUGUUCAUGUGUGGUGUGCUGUCUGUCACAUCAUGGCACACCACACACUAUAGGAGCAAAACGGUUAAUUCUAGGAUAUUUUAUCCUCAUGUUUGUGGUCUAUCACAUUUUGAAAAUUGUAUAAGAUGUAAAAAACAAUAUUUUGGUGUGUACCCAGCAUUAAUCGGAAAGUCGAUGUAAUAAAUAAAUAAUUUAGCAAAUAAAAGAAAAAGACAAAUCAAACAAGGUGAAGUACAAAAAAAAGUAGUCAAAAUACAUCACAAAACCCUGCAUUUUAAAAAUGGUAGGAUUCCACAUUUUACUAGUACUGUACCGAUACUUUAAGAAUGUGUUACAAUAACAGUUGUACUUCCUGAGUUGUGUUGAUCUGUGAGAGCAGGAUAGUGUGUGAGCAGCACUCUGCUUCCACUCCCUGCAUGAACACUAGCCGUGCCAAACUUUAUUCAGGAUUCAGCGGUGUGUCUAUCAAGAGUAACAACUCCAUGUUUCACCCCCCUGGUCUCAGUUAUGUUGACACUCAGAGAGCAGCAUCUCCAGGAUUCAGCUGUGUGUCUAUGAAGAGUAACAACUCCAUGUUUCACCCCCCUGGUCUCAGUUAUGUUGACGCUCAGAGAGCAGCAUCUCCAGGAUUCAGCUGUGUGUCUAUGAAGAGUAACAACUCCAUGUUUCACCCCCCUGGUCUCAGUGAUGUUGACGCUCAGAGAGCAGCAUCUCCAGGAUUCAGCGGUGUGUCUAUCAAGAGUAACAACUCCAUGUUUCACCCCCCUGGGCUCAGUUAUGUUGACGCUCAGAGAGCAGCAUCUCCAGGAUUCAGCGGUGUGUCUAUGAAGAGUAACAACUCCAUGUUUCACCCCCCUGGGCUCAGUGAUGAACUUGCUGUGACUUCUGACACUGUUAUUAUCAACAGGAAGAGAAAGAGAGCAGCUUCCCCACUGCAGCCCCCUGAUCUCAGUGAUGGAUCAGUGGCAUUUGAUCCUGUUGUCUGGAGAGCUGACCAGAUCAGAGAUGUGUCCUGUCAGACCUUCACAUCCUCCUACAGUCAGAAACACUUCAGUCAACAUGACACAGAAGCAGAUCUGCAGCUCGAUUCUCACAAAACAGUGCAUUAUUAUCUUCAAAGAGUCAAAGACCAGCACAAAACCAGUAUGAAGAACCGGUAUGAGAGCUUAUUUGAGGGAGUCAAACUACAAGAGAAUCAAACCCUCCUGAACAGGAUUUACACACAGCUGUACAUCAUAGAGGGAGAGAGUGAAGGAGUGAAUGAAGAACAUGAGGUGCUACAGAUGGAGAAAAGUUACAGGACACUCCAAGACACUCCAAUCAACUGCAAUGACAUCUUUAAUCCUUCACCUGAACCAGGAUAUGAGGAGAAGAGAAGAGAGAAGAACGACAAAAUAAAGACUGUUCUUACUAAAGGCAUCGCUGGAAUUGGAAAAACCGUCUCUGUGCAGAAGUUCAUUCUGGACUGGGCCGAGGGAAGAGCCAAUCAGGAUGUAGAUUUCAUGUUUGUGCUUCCAUUUCGAGAGCUGAACUUGAUUAAAGAUCAUCAGUACAGUCUUCACAGACUUCUGCUUGACCUUCAUUCUGAACUUCAUGAUCUCGACUCAAAGAUUUAUGAUAAAUGCAAAGUUGUGUUCAUCUUUGAUGGUCUGGAUGAAAGCAGGAUUUCACUGAUGUUUACAGACUGUCAGAAAGUUUCUGAUGUGACUGAGGUUUGUUCAGUGAGUCUGUUGAUGUCGAACCUCAUGAAAGGAGAUCUGCUUCCCUCUGCUCUCAUCUGGAUCACCUCCAGACCAGCAGCAGCCAAUCAGAUCCCCUCCAACUACAUCAGCCGUGUGACAGAGAUUCAAGGAUUCAAUGACCCUCAGAAGGAGGAAUAUUUCAGGAAGAGAAUCAGUGACGAGCAUCAAGCCAGCAGAAUCAUCUCACACAUCAGAAGAGCAAGAAGCCUCCACAUCAUGUGCCACAUACCCGUCUUCUGCUGGAUCUCAGCCACUGUGCUUCAAAACAUCCUGAAACAAGAGCUCAGUGCAGAAAUCCCUCAAACUCUGACUGAAAUGUACAUCUACUUCCUGCUCAUUCAAACAAAUAUGAGGAACCAGAAAUAUGAAGAGAGAGGUUCAGGGAAACCCCUGCAGUCCAACAGAGAAGUGAUUGUGAAACUUGCUGAACUGGCUUUCAAUCAGCUGAUGAAGGGCAAUGUGAUGUUUUAUGAGGAGGACCUGAGAGAGAGCGGCAUAGACGUCACUGAUGCCUCAGUGUAUUCUGGGAUUUGCACUGAGAUCUUUAGGGAGGAAUCUGUGAUUUAUCAGAGGAAGGUUUACAGCUUUGUACAUCUGAGCUUUCAGGAGUUUUUUGGAGCACUGUAUGUGUUUUACUGUUAUUUACACAAGAACAGUGAGGUUCUGAAAAUGUUCCUGACAGGAAAGUCCAGAACUCAGAGUGAAGACAUUUCUCUGGAUGUGUUUCUGAAGGGAGCAAUGAAUAAAGCCUUGGAGAGUAAAACUGGACACCUGGAUCUUUUCCUUCGGUUUCUUCAUGGCAUCUCACUGGAGUCCAAUCAGAGACUCUUACAGGAUGUGCUGAUACACACAGAGAACAACCCAGAGAGCAUCAAGAAAAUAAUCCAAAACCUCAAACAAGGUCAAAAAAAUGAUGUUCCACCUGAACGAUGGAUGAAUCUGUCACACUGCUUAAUUGAGAUGAAGAAUAAUUCUGUUGUUAAAGAAAUGCAGGCGUUUUUAAAAUCUGACACGAAAAAAAAAAAACUUUCUCUUGCACAAUGCUCAACUUUGGCAAACAUGAUCCUGAUGUCAGAGGAGGUGCUGGAUGAGUUAGACUUUAAUAAGUACGACAUCAAAUCAUCAAAAGAGGGCAGAAGAAGACUGGUACCUGCUGUAAGGAACUGCAGAAAAGCUGUAUUGACGUACUGUAAUCUCACUGAUCAACAUUGUGGAAUUGUGGCUUCAGCUCUACAAUCAUCAAACUCCCUGAGAGAGCUGGACCUGAGUGAAAAUCAUCUGCAAGAUUCAGGAGUGAAGCUGCUCUGUGCUGCACUGAAGAGUCCAAAUUGUCAACUCAACAUACUGAGUUUGGCAGGCUGUAAUCUCUCUGAUCAGCACUGUGAAGUUGUUGCUUCAGUUUUACAAUCAUCAAACUCCCUCCUGAGAGAGCUGGACCUGAGUAACAAUGACCUGAAGGAUUCGGGAGUGAUGCUGCUGUGUGCUGGACUGGAGAGUCCAAACUGUCAACUCAACAUACUGAGAUUAUCUGGCUGUAUGGUGACAGCAGAAGGCUGUGCUACUCUGGCAUCAGCUCUGAGUUCAAACCCCUCACACCUGAGAGAGCUAGAUCUGAGCUAUAAUCACCCAGGAGAUUCAGGACUGAAGCUGCUAAAUGAAGCUGAUAUAUUCAAACAACUGGACAAACUCAGUGAUAGAGUGAUAGAAUAACCAAGCUACCCUAUAACAAAAAUAUAUUGCUUGCAAUUGAGAAAGGUGAGCAUAAUAUGCAGCACAAUAAAAAUUGUACUCUUGUUCACAAAACUGUUGUCCAUAAAAUGUGUUGCAAAAAUUCGAACAUCUGGGUUGUGCUGUUCUCUUGUAAAUAAAUCUUAUCCAAUGAUUCCUCAUUGCAUCUACUUCCAGAAGGCCACAUAAAGUGCUUUUGAUUUCACACAGAAACACACAGCAUCUACCCAACAUGGCUGCAUCAUGGACCCAAUGACCUAAAUUUCUGAAAGCCAAAAAAUGAGAGAGACAGCAGGUUGAAUUUGAAUCCUUGCUUUAAAUUUACAUUCUGCUUCAGUUAUAAUGCAGAAGACUGGAUUAACCAACUGAGGAACAGCAUUAAUUUGGCAUAACUUGAUCUGCGUUAUUUGUAGAAAUGUGCCAGUAGGAGCAGCUCAUUUGUACAGAUGCACCUUAUGACAACUAAAUUGUCAUAAAAUUGUCAUAAAAAAAGAAAGAAAAACAUUAAGUGAGCCAGGAGAAAUUGUGUUCAUGCUGCACUGUUUAGAGAACCAUUGCUGAUUGCUGAAGCGAACCAUACUUAAACCACCUGCUGAAAUAAUCUCAGUUCACUCUGGAAAGGUCUGCAAUAUUUUAGAGUGCCGACAUAUGGGCCAAAUCCAGUGGAAUAGGUUCAGUCCCUUUAAAAAGACCAGGUUGAAAACACCUAGAGACAAGUGGAGGUCCAUAGCAACAUUGUGGGUUGGGGUUGCUAACUGUGUGUCUGACAAAAAGAUGUAAGAUGGCAGUUCAGCUGAUGUAGGUGAUGGAUGGUUAGCAAAAGGGAAAGAAGAGGCAGGCAUCUUUGUGGAGGCAGCCUCAUGCUAGGGUACUUCUGAAAUAAGGUUGUAGUAAGAAAAAAGAGGUAUGGAAAGGAGCAGCCAGAGUGUUUUUUUGCGCAGAAAGCCUCACGCUAGGGGCUGUUUCAUAAACAACAAAGAAGGAGGGAGGAGAAAAAUUGAGAGCAGCAUGGGAGGUGCCAGAGAAUUUUGAAUACAGGUACUGAGGGGGUGCUAGGUCAUUGACAGGGGACGAUGGGCAAUUCAGGGCUCAAGACUCAUUCUUCCUACUGGUCGCUCUUUUGCAACUAACUUUCUCAGUUGGUGAACUAGCAGGGUUUUUUUGGUACAACAUGGAAAUUGUCAAUGCAUGCUGAUUAACUUUUAUCAUAGUUUAUAGUUAUAUGGAAACUAAAGUGGUUAUCAUUCAACCCAUUCGUUUUCAUCAGUAGUAUUGUGAUUUUAAUCUUGUAAACUGGAGUUCCUUUUUUCUGUUAUAAGCCGGGCUUCGGAUGCUUUUACUUUCGAUUUUGUGAUCUUGUCACGCUUUACAAUAAAAUAAAACUGUCUGUUUUGCUUACAUUUAUAAACCUUUCACUUUUUAAGACUAAAACAAAAGAUGAAUCUGUUGUUAUUUUUUAAUUAAAAAGCAUUACAACAAUAAAACAGUAAGAUACAUUGACAAACUAGCUUACAAAAUGUUUAUUAACAAAAAGUUAUUAAGAUGAGGCAUGGCAAGAAUACCAUGUUCACCUUCUCUGGUUAUGUAACAGAAAAGGCAGCGCUAUGAGUUGAACAAUAUGGUGGUUGUGACAGUGCAGCCACUCACAAAAUUUUGUCACACAUGCAGAAAAGAUGGUCACAGUCCUGCAAUUAAUAGGAAAUAUAAAUAAAACAGGUUACUGGCAUUUUAUUUGUGGACCAUGUGGAGAUGGCGAGUCAGCGUCGGCAUUUAGCAACUUCAUCUUUGCGCCCUACACUGACUG